UACCAACAUGUCUUACCAAAUCGGAGUAUUACUCCCCCUGCUGCUGCUGUUGUUGUCUGCCUCGCAAGGAGCACAUCAGCGUCGCGUUUUCCCAUCGAUGCCUGCGCCCAACAUCAACUCUCGUAUUAUUGGCGGCGAAGAUGCGGCCUUGGGUGCAGCGCCCUAUCAGGUCUCCGUACAGAAUAUGCUUGGCAAUCACAUGUGUGGCGGUGUCAUUAUACACGAUCAGUAUAUCCUGACCGCGGCCAGCUGCCUGGCGGGCUUGCGCAAGAACAACUUCAAGGUCGUGAUGAGCACCAACGACUGGGCGGGUGCCGCCUGGGAGUAUUACGUAGAAGAUGUCAUACUGCACUGCAAAUUCGAUCAGCCGUUGUAUCAUAACGAUAUUGCCUUGAUCAAGUUGCAAACGCUGGUGGCCUACGAUGAGGUCACGCAGAACAUAACGCUGGCCGCCGUUGACGAUCUGGUGGAGGGAGACAAGCUGAUUAUGACGGGCUGGGGCAUCGCCGACCAAAGCGGCGAAUACGUCAAUAAUCUGAAGAAACUGGAACUCACCUAUGUGCCAACAGCGCGCUGCAAUUCGACCUAUUUCCAAACACCCGACCUGGAUAUCGGGCAUCUCUGCGCUGUGGGCAAGGUAGGUGCCGGCGCCUGUCACGGCGACCAUGGCGGGCCGCUGGUCGAUGCCAAGGGUCGCCUCGUCGGCAUUGGCAACUGGGGCGUGCCCUGUGGUCACGGCUAUCCUGAUGUCUUUGCGCGUGUCAGCUUCUAUAACGAUUGGAUUCAGAACACAAUCAAUGGCUGUGCUAUAAAAUUACCGUAAGUCAUGCCGUCUAAUCUAGGCCAGACGUCUGGAUGAUGGUAUCACUGUAAUCAUUGGACCCUUGCACCAAUUUAGCACUUUGGCUUGUUACACUACAAAGACCAGGCAAUGAAAUGUUUAAAAUUUGAUUUGUGAUCUUUUCAAAUACACUGUAAGAAAAUUUGGAUAGACUUUGCGACAGUUAGUAACAAAUACUGCAACUAUAUUUGGAA